GUAGCCUCCUCCCACUCCCCCUGCUCCCUCCCCUCCCCACAAAUCUCUCUCGCGCGCGCCGCAGCCGCCGGCACGCACCCACGCACGCGAUCGUCUCGCCGCGACCAUGAGCAUCACGGCGGCGGCGGUGGUAGCGGAGCCGCGCGCGUUCGCCAUCGGGGCCGCGCCGGCCGUGGAGAUGGGCCCGGAGCUGGCGCCGCCGGAGCCGAGCCGCGGCCUUGGGCAGGACGGCGGCGUGGCGGUGGCGGCGGCGGAGGGGCGGGCGUCGCGGUUCCGGCGGAUCUGCGUCUACUGCGGCAGCGCCAAGGGGCGCAAGGCCAGCUACCAGGACGCCGCCGUCGACCUCGGCAAGGAGAUGGUGGAGAGGGGCAUAGACCUGGUGUACGGGGGCGGCUCCAUCGGCCUGAUGGGCCUCGUCUCCCACGCCGUCCACGCCGGCGGCCGCCAUGUCAUCGGGAUCAUCCCAAGAUCACUCAUGCCCAGAGAGGUAACCGGGGAUCCUGUCGGGGAAGUUAGAGCUGUUUCUGGCAUGCACGAGAGGAAGGCCGAGAUGGCUCGGUUUGCUGAUGCUUUUAUUGCCUUACCAGGUACAAAUUCAAUACCCCACUCCAAUUCUUCUACAAGUGAGAAAAUCUGGAAUAAACCAUGCAUAUUUUGUGCUGUGGAGUUUGACAAUUCAGUUAAUUUGACAGGCGGCUACGGAACCUUGGAGGAGUUGCUUGAAGUGAUCACGUGGGCACAACUAGGAAUACACAAGAAGCCGGUCGGUCUGCUGAACGUCGACGGAUUCUACGACCCACUGCUGUCGUUCAUCGACGUGGCCGUCAACGAAGGCUUCAUCACCCAGGAGGCGAGGCAGAUCAUCAUCUCGGCCCCGACAGCCAAGGAGCUAGUCAAGAAGCUGGAGGAGUACGUCCCAGAGUACGAGGUCGGCCUGGUCUGGGAUGACCAGAACCAGAUGCCAAGCAACAGCCUGGUCCCGGAGCCGCUGGAGACACCCGCGAUCACCUCGUCCUGAUCGAUCAACCUCACCGACAUCUCAGCUAGGGUUCUAACAACAGUGUCGAGAUAGCGGUGCCACAUAUAAUUAUUCUCUCCUAGAUGAUAAGUCCUAGCCGACUGAAGGGCGACGAGGGGGCACAUUAUAGCCAGUGUGCUUGUUUUGGUAGCGUCGAUCGACCGAUCUCUUGUGUCACCGCUGAUGAUUGUUUUGGGUGGCAUGAUUAUAUUAAGUUAACUAGUGAGUAGUAGCUUCCAACUUGCAUGGAUUGUUGAAUGGUUCAUGGCUGGAUGGGCAUAGCAUGCAGCUAAGCCUCUGAAUUGAUCCUGCUGUGAUCCUGGAACAAGGGUUGACUAUAUAUAAAUAGCAGCACAUAUAGUUUAUCAA